CUAAUGUGCAACCGGUUAGACAUUAUAGGUUGUGGACCGUGACUUAAUUAUCAGAGAAAAAAUAGCUGUUUAUGAGAAUGAUAUUUCUUAGUUACUGAAAAGGAAGAUGGCAGAAGCUAGCACAUCCUCGGCUGAUGAUCAAGAGUUGAGGAUAAAGGAACUGCAUGCUAAAAUGAUCGUUAAUGUUGCCGACUACAUCAACCCAUUGAUUGCAAAUGAUGACUGGAAAAAAUUCCUUACGCUGUUAACACCCACCCUAAAACCUGUUGAUUUGUAUAGAGAAGACAACAGUUUCUAUGCGAUUUGUGAAGCACUGAAAAAAAAAGGAAAGAUAGAUUAUGGAUCCUAUACUAUACUGUAUAAAGCUGUCAAUGGUGUUAAUACGGAAGCCGCUGAGAUCAUUAAAGCAACAUCUGAUGAGAUCCAGAAGAUCCGAUCAGCAGGACCAACAAAACCCAAACAACGAAAUAAGGAAUACGAAGACCAGAUCAAAGGACCAACAAAACCCAAACAACGAAAGAAGAAAUACGAAGACCAGUUCAAAGGACCAACAAAACCCAAACAACGAAAGAAGAAAUACGAAGACCAGUUCAAAGGAAUAUGUCCUGAAUUUUGGCCUAUGAUAGUAACAACAAAUUGUGCACUAAAGACUGACAAAGAACAGUUCAUUCCUACCAAAAGUUUCCUAGAUGCCCGUCAAAAACUUCAGAGGAACAAAAUCGUUAUAAUCCAGGGAAACACAGGGGACGGGAAAUCGUCUAUUGCACUUGAACUUCUCCGUUUGAUGUGCUGUAAUGAAGAGGAGGGGCAACAGAAACGAUGUCGACAACCACUACAACUACACAACAUACAACACUUGGAUUCGGUGACACCAGAGUCACACUUAGUUAUUUAUAUAGAUAAUAUUUUCGGAAAAAAUGUUGUGUGUCAGGAUGAUGUGAACGAAUGGGAGAAACGAGAAGAUUCUAUUAUGUCCAAACUUUAUGGAACAGAUACAGUGGCCAAUUAUUUAGUCAUUACAGUUCGCAGUGGAAUCUUAAAAUCUUUAAAUGGCAUGGGCAACAUAUUUAAGGAUCAAAAUAUUGUUGAUCUCAGCAGAUAUACAGAUAAAAAUGAAAAACUAAAACUGUUAAAAGCAUACGAACCAAAAACUGAAUUUGUUAAAUGGACAGAUGAGGAGGAGAAACAGAUUAUCAACUCUUCUCCAGACAUUGGGUUUCCCCAGUGUUGUAGGCUAUUUAGAGACACACCUAUAUUGCAAGCAGAGAGAGUCAAUUUCUUUCAAAGGCCUUUUGUUUAUCUGAAAGCCGCUUUAUCUAAAAUAGAAGACGGAAAAUUUUAUGGUCUGCUGUAUCUGUUCCUCAAUGGAGGCGUAGUUAUAGAAUAUGAUUUAGACCCUUUCAUUGAAAAUAUUGAUGAAAAUGAGAAAAUGAAAGCAUCCUUUGCUGUUCCCGUGGUGAAAAUUAAACCAGAGAUUGACAAAAAAAUAGAGAAAAAAGCUGAAUUUGUAAAGGAGUCGUUAGAAUGUCUGUUGGGUUGGCUGGUGAAAAAAGAAUCCAUGGAAAACCAAGGGAAACAUUUCCCUUCUUAUAAAUUCAACCACGACUCUAUUGAGGAAACCGUGGCACUAUUGUUUGGAGAGAAAACUCCCAUUGGCUACAUCCAGAAUUGUCCUAAAAAAUUCCUCAGUUAUGUAACUAAAAAAACAAACAUCCCAAACAGGAUAGUUAUAUAUUCUGAUGCUCAAACAAAUGCCAUGUAUAAACGAACAGUGAGAGAGUUUAAAUCUGCUGAUCCUAAAAGUGACCGGUAUUUGAAUGAAUGUGAAUAUUUAGCUACAUUAGAUGUAUGGACACACACCAUGUUUCUACAGGGAUUUUUCAGUUGGUUAAGUGGUCAGAAUAUUGACCAAAACUUGUGCUACCUGAUAAAAUGUGCGUUGUUGAAUGGAGCAUGCUCUACUGGUUCAGAAGAUAAGGUCUCAUAUCUUAUUUCUGUUGGUGCGACACCUGACAAGGAGACACUUUUUUAUGCAGUAAAGGGUGGGAGUGUACAACUACUGCGUCAACUACUGAAGUAUGACGUCAUUCCUUCAGCAAGGGCAGACAGGUCACGAUCAAAUAGAUACCAUACCAAAUAUAUCAAUGUCCUACACGAGGCGUGUUUGUUUGAGAGACAAGAGAUGGUGACAAUGUUGUGUGACACUUAUCCAGACUUGGUACAUGAUACUGACGGUUACGGAGAAAGCACGCUCCAUCUUGUGGCAAGGACAGGAAACUGUGGUAUAUUUCAGACAGUGGAGAGAUCGAUGCUUAAAUCUUUGUGUAGAGUUGAGGAUGAACAACACCAGUGUGAUAGUCGUGUGGUACAUAGGAGUUGUGCGUGUGCUCAGUUCAUGUCACAGUUAGUGGACGAGUUAGGGUGGACUGUAUUGCACGUGAGUUGUGUGUAUGGACACAUGGAUAUUCAUUUAGAGUUGUGCAAGUCGUAUCCGACACUGGUCACUCGUGUAGAUAAUCAUGGGAAAACUCCAUUACAUGUGGGCUAUAGAUAUGGAAGUAGGGAUAUUUGUUUAGCAUUGUGUAAGCUCUACCCAACACUUACCGGAAUUUUAGAUCGCAACGGAAGAACAGUGUUACAUGAGAGUUGUAUGCAGGGGAAAACGGAGCUUUGCUUAGAGUUGUGUAAGUUUCAUCCAGCACUUACCAAAGUUGUAGAUAACGAUGGGAAGAAUGUAUUACAUCUGAGUUGUAUGAGAGGCCACGUGGAUCUGUCUUUAAAAUUAUGUAACCUAUACCCCGCGCUAAGCGAUGUUGUAGAUAAGAAUGGGAGAACAGUGUUACACGAGAGUUGUGAAGAGGGACAAAGGGAGCUUAGUGUAGAGUUGUGUAGAUUAAACCCAGCACUAACCACUGUUGUAGAUAGCGAUGGGUACCAUUGUCUACAUUAUGUAGCCAAGGAAACAUCAGAUGUUGACAUGUUCACAGAUUGUGAAUUUCACGUAAAACAGCGCGUAGAGUCAACAGGAGGUAAGUAUGACAUCACGACAUUACUUACUAAUGAUGGGAAAUCUAUUUUAGACAUAGCAAAAGAACGAUCAGAGUUGCUGUUGAAGUGCAAUGAAAUGCCCGAGAAGACAUAUAAAAAUCCUUUGUAUUAUUAUCUUCUCAAAUUCUUCUCAAAAUCCUCUCCCGUGAGGGAUGAUUCGAUGAAACGGAUCUAGGGAGUUACUGAACACAGAUUUUUUUUUUAUUUCUUGGCCCUCCUGUUGACUCUAAGCGCCGUCCACCCGUAAUCGUUAUAGCUUUUUACUUUGGAUGUACUAGGGUAAAAUUUGUGAGAGAUUUAUUGUUCAGUUUCCCCUCGAUUCAUAGUUUUGA